AUGCCCGGCCUCGCCAACUCUCGAUGGGCGCCUAGGUCAAGCUCCGUUCCCACCUCCGGCCGCCUCUCUACCACGGCCGCUCCCUCCUCGGCGCUCUCUUCCGCCACCGCUGCAGGCGCCACGGCCUCGGGACAUGCCAAUGGCGCCGCUGCCUACACGAAUGGCUCCCGUUCUCCCGGCCCAGCCGCGGAGCUCAUGCGCUAUGCGAAGAUCGUCCGCCGACUGAAGUGGAAGCUGCCGUACCUCGCCCACGGCUACCGACAAGCCACCCUCCGCCUGGACUAUCCCACCGACGUCGACAUUGCGCACCGGGGCGAGGCAGAGCUGAUGUUCAAGCUCGACUUCUUCGAAUACUACAUGCUGCUGGAGCGCGCGCUGGUGCAUCUCCUCGGCGUCUUUGGCAUCACCGUCUCGCGAGACUUUGCAGAGCGGCAUCUGCGCAUGAUGCUCGAGGAGCAGAGGCAGCAGGACAUUCGCAACUACGGCGUUCUCCGUGGCAACAUCAACGGCACCAGCAGGAGGAGCGAGCCGUCGCCGUGGAAGAACGGCGGCGGCGGCGGCAGCAGCAAUCACAGGUACCACGCGAACGUGCUCGAGGCGCUCGACAAUGCCGAGAACCCGCUGCACGAGGCGCUGGGCACGGGCGAGGUCCGCAGGCAGCUCGGCCGAGCUAAGGACUUACGCAACAGGUGGAAGAACGUGGACGACGUCGAGGACGCAAGUGCUGUGAACGGCAGCAGUGGCGGCGGCAGCAAUACUCCUCAGCUGGCGAACGGUAAGGCGGCCACGCCGCUAGAGAGCUAUGAUCUCGAGCGAAUUCUGGAGUCCAUAUUCGAGGGCUUCGAUAGGGCCUUUGCAGUUGCUGAGCGACAUGUCCUCGAGGAGCAACAGGCUGCUGCCAAGGCGGGCGACGCAGUGCCCAUGGAUUGGGGUUCUGAGGAGCAACAGUGGGAGUUCAUGGUGGAUGCAAUGGAUUGGGAGGCCGUCUAA